AUGGAUUCCGCCUACGAUCACAUCCAGGAGGAGAGCUACCCGCAGGACCCCACCAAGCAGUCCGCCGGCGGAGAUAACGCCCACCAGGAGACGACCAACAACUUCAACGCCGAGUUCCAGGAUGCUUACAAAGCUAUAUCGAGUAGCCCGUGGGCAGCGCGUUUAGGAGGGUUCUUGGGAAAUGUGCGGAAGCAGGGCGAGCAAUACUACGACACCGCAAGUAAGCAAUAUGCGCCACAGGUCAAGAACGCCUCAGCCAGCGUCUCCAACAUUAUCAGCCACGCGCGCAAGAUCUCGCUCCAACCCGGCGACGCUUCAAGCUCCAAAUCCGCCUCCACCUCCCAAGAUGCUUCCACCGAGAAAGCGACCGAAGAUACAGAAGCUCACCCCGACCGUCCCGAAUCCCUUACCGCAGACAUCGUGAAGGAGGCAGAAGGGAUACUAUCGCACUUCCGCUCCGAAGCCGCCAAACGCCUCAAGGAUGUCGAAAAAGCCGAAGACGCCGCAGACGAAGCACUCCUCAAGUUCGGCAGCAACAUCCGCAACUUCCUCCGCGACGCCGUUACCAUCGCGCCUCCCGAAGCAGGAUCGCAAGCCGCCAAAGAUGGCGAUGUACUUUUCGAAUCAAAGGACAGCAGCGGCAAGAAGGUUGUUCACGCCACGCGCUUUGACGCCCAACUCCACGUUAUCCAUUCGACACUCGAUUCCUUCCUUAAGGACCCCGCGAGCCCGGAGUGGGAAAACUGGAAGUCGGGUUUUGAUGUAGAUAAGAAGACUGAGGCUAUUGCGAAGGAUCUGGAGAAGCAUGAGGAGCUGAGGAGUGCGAUGGAGAAGUGCGUCCCGGAGAAGGUGGAGUACAAAGUGUUUUGGUGCAGAUACUACUUCUUGCGCCAUGUUAUUGAGAGUGAGGAGCAGAGGAGGAGAGAGAUGCUUAAAGCAUCCACACCCGCCGCCGACGAAGAAGUAGCCUGGGACGAAGACUCCGAAGAAGAAGACGAGGACGAUGACGAAGAAGAAGAUGACGACGAAGACGACUCUUCCGAGGAAGAAGAGUCUGACGACGACUCCGACGACGAUAACGCCACCGUUACCAAACCCAGCAAACCUACUUCCACAAUUAAAUCCACCGCCGCCGCUCCUUCCACCGCUACCACAAAACCCGCUUCUACCACCGCCAGCACACCCAAACCAGCAAUCGACCUCGCCGCAUCAGUCAAAACACUGAAGCCCACAGACGAGGCCAAGCCAACACCCGCGCAACCCCGCCGAUCGAACGAUGAGAAGAGCGUAGCUGAUAGCGACGCGAGUUACGAUCUUGUCUCUGGCACAACGACGAGGGCGCCGGGAAGUCCGCAGGAUGGCAAGGAUGGGAAGAAGAAGGUUGUUCCUGAGGAGAGUGAUGAGGAGGAGGACUGGGAGUAG